UUCGGCUCGCCACUGUCUGGGGUAGGUAGUGUUUAGUCCGAUGUGAAGUUUAUGUAUACGUUCCUAACCUUAAAAGAGGACGCGAAUGUUUCUUUUCGUCGAUAAUCCCUUUUUCAGCAAGUAUGGUGAAUAAACUGAAAUGGAAGUAUAGCAGUUUUGUUUGUUUUGUUACAGUUUUGUACUUUUUUGUUAUAAAUCGUGCUUAUGGACACAAGAUAUGCAGUCAUGUGCACCCUAAACAUCAUGAGGUUUUACACACGAGAAUUGAACCCGAACAUGUUAUGAAAAAAAGAAACAUCGACCAGUCUUUGCGAAUUUUGCUGUACUACGACCAAAGUGUGUAUAGAUUGGAUGACGAACGAUUCGAGUUGAUAAAUAACACGAUCUUACCUGAAGCAGUGACGUUUUGGGAGAGAGCUCUCUUCGUCAGAAGAUCUGAGAGUGUCAUUCGUCUAACGAGGAAAUGCAGCGAUACCCAGGUCUUCGUGAAAGACGGUUGGACUCACUGCAUCAACACUUGCAACGAAAGAACAAUGUGCGGGGAAGUAGAGGUACCGGAGGACCAUUUGGACGCUUGUCGAACUUGCAACGCGACAGGCCAGAAUUGCGGCAUAGCGCAAGGUUCAGAACCUGGAGAGGGCAUUCCGGAUUUCGACUUCAUAUUCUACGUCUCCGCCAUGCAGACCGAAAGGUGUAACAAGUCGCUGACCGUCGCGUAUGCUGCCCACUGUCAACAAGAAUCAGCGCUGGACAGGCCUAUAGCUGGCCACGCCAACUUAUGUCCAAACAGCAUCAGCACUAAACGCCAGGAACUAGAAAUAUUGCUGUCAACUGUCAAACAUGAGAUUCUUCACGCCCUAGGAUUUUCCGUGAGCCUGUACGCCUUCUACAGGAAUCAAACAGGGGAACCUUUGACACCUAGAAGUCCAGAAACCGGAAAGCCACCACUCAAUGAAUCAUUGCAGACGUACCAGUGGAGUGAAAAGGUGAUCAAAUUGUUCACGAGACCGAGUUGGUUGGUGCGGUCCGGUUAUAUGAAGCGAGAUGUGCACAUGAUGGUUACCCCAAACGUCGUGAAGGAGGCUAGGAAUUAUUUCGGCUGUCAAGAAUUAGAGGGCGCCGAAUUGGAGGAUCAAGGGGAAGAGGGUACGGCUUUGACUCACUGGGAAAAGCGGGUUUUUGAGAAUGAGGCCAUGACUGGGACGCACACCCAGAACCCUAUAAUUUCACGAAUUACUCUGGCGUUAAUGGAAGAUACAGGGUGGUACAUUGCUAACUACUCGAUGGCGGGUGAAAUGUCCUGGGGGCGGGGUUUGGGGUGUGACUUCGUCAUGAAGAGUUGCAAGGAUUGGAUCACCCAAAAGUCGGCAAGAGGUAGUUCCAUCCACCCGUUCUGCAAUAAAGUUAAGCGAGAUCCUCUACAAACGGAAUGCACUGACGAUCGCACAUCUGUGGCCCUCUGCAAUCUCGUCGAACAUAAACAACUGCUACCUAAACUUUAUCAGAACUUCGAUUACAUCCAGUACGUAGGGACCGGAAAUGAAGGAUAUUACGGGGGAUCAGUGUCGCUAGCCGAUUAUUGUCCUUACAUUCAAGAGUUCACUUGGCGGUCGAGGAACGUCAUCGUGAGGGGGUCCCAUUGCCAAUACGCCGAAAAUAAUCCUAAGCCCGACAAAAAUUUUGCUUUGGAGAAAUACGGGGACAACUCGCUUUGCUUUGAACACACGAAUCAAAUGUGGGAGGAACGGUCUUGCCGGCAAAUGAGACAGUGGCAGCACUGGGGGUCGGGUUGCUACAACUACCGGUGCCAAAAUGGCCGUUUACAUAUAUUGGUAGGGAAUUAUUCGUAUGAAUGUUUCCAUGCAAACCAGGAAAUUUCGAUAAGAAUUAUUAGUAACGGAUGGCUGCACAGAGGUGCUAUUGUAUGUCCUCCAUGUAGAGAAAUAUGUGCCAAAGAGUUCGCUGCAAGGCAGGAGUCUUGCAAAAUCGGUGACGAACAUCCCCCUUCCACCGCUUACCCGAGGGAUGAACUGCAGUGUGGAUCUUCAAUUACCCAAGCAAGUAGCGCCGCACUUGUAGCUUAUUUAAUUUUGUCGAUCGUCAUCUGAAAUUUGUUUUAAAUAGACUAUUAUUUAUGUUUGUUUACCCUAAUAGCUCAGCCUGUGUCAUACUGAGAUUUAGAUAGUUUAUAGUAAUAGGACAUCACACUGUGUCAUGACUGAUUUUUUUAAAUAAACGACCUAAAUCUCAGCCUCCUCUUACGAGUCACUAUAAAUAGGAAGAGUAGGGAGGAUAAGUGUAACUAAAUUUACACUAUAAUGGAUUGGAAAUUUGUCUUUCUAUAAUAAUGCUAUAUCCCACUUUAAACAACAAGAGAGGAACAGUGCGAGUAAUCGUAUUUUUAUAUUUCGCCUUAAAAAAAUUGCGCUAUUUUUUAUUUUUUUAUUGAAAAAAAAAGAGGACUAUAUGUUUUUAUAUCUUUUCAAAUUAUUGCUAAAAUGUGCGUGAUAGUAAAUGUUGAAUUUUUAAAGGUUUAAUAGGAAUGUUCUGUCAAAUUAAGGAAAUAGUAUUAUUAUAAGAAAAUAUGCGUGAGAUAUUUUUUUAUCAGUUUAAAGAUUAAGAAGUUUUAUCCAAUUUUUCGGAAAGCUUGCCGGCAGCAUUUUUUUCUGGGGAGGUAAGAUGUAGAAAUGCAACAAAAUAUUACCACAACUAAUUAAAAAUAAUCUCAAUAAAAUAUGAAAAUACUCGUCGAACUUGCUACAUUCAUUCAUUUUUUAUUAUUUGUUUGCGUUGUGGACCGCAAGAAUCGGUUGAAAUAUUAUUUUUGACGGUAGAAAGUAGUUUUGUGUAGAUGGAAAUUAGUUUUGAUGACGCCGUCACCUUCAGUUAUUCUGAAUGUCUGGAUUUUAAUGCGUAUAAUUAUUUGUUUAUGUGUUUACAUAUACAGAGUGUACCGGUAUUAGUAUAAAACAUAUUGGCGUACGGUAUUUUAUGGUUAGGAAUAUUUUGAGUAAUAUCACAGACAAUAUAGCUUAUCGCCACAGACUGUGUGUUAAAUGAUGGAAAUUGGUAGCCUAAAAUGGAUGCAGGCUCUUGUUAGCAGGCGUUCCGCUAUAAAAUUUAGCGUGGUAACUCUUCUACUUGGUAAUAGGCGGCAGUUCUAGCGGUGGCUUUGUUGCCAACU